AUGGUUUCCUGGUCCAUUGAACUAUCCGAAUUCGGCCUACGCUUCGAACCACAAGGCUCCAUCAAAGGGCAACAUUUGGCGGAUUUCGCAGCUGACUUACCCUCGGCAACAGAACCGUCCGUGUGGAAUUUGAACAUUGACGGAUCUUCAGACAGACGAGGAGCAGGGGCUGGAAUAGUAUUGGAGGGGUCGAACGGUAAUCUUGUCGAGCAGGCCAUCUUCUUUACUUUUCAACUCAGCAACAAUCAGGCGGAGUAUGAAGCUCUCAUCAGCGGAUUACUCAUGGCGGCAGAACUAAACGUCCAACAUUUAGAAUGCCGAAUGGAUUCUCAAUUGGUCGUGGGGCACAUUAAUGGCACCUUCCAGGUCAAAGACAACCAGCUGUUGCGGUACUACCAUAAGGUCAGUGACCUUAUUAAAGCGUUCGAUACUUUCAGAAUUAUUCAUGUUCCCAGAGAGCAGAACUCCCGAGCAGAUUUGCUUUCCAAGCUAACACAUAGCCGAGGGAAUUCCCAACUUACCUCGGUCAUUAAAACCAAGCUAGACCGACCUCUCUUAGAGACGUGCGCCACCAGUGUCACUCCUCCCACAACUGACUGGCGGCAUGAAAUAAUGCAGUUGAUAAUCCAGCAAGAGCAAGGCGCUCGGAUGAGUGCGGCUGAUUCUAAGCGAAUUGCUUGCUUUACAUUCGUUGGGGAUGAUCUUUAUCGCCGCGGAUACACUAUGCCUCUGUUGAAAUGCCUGUCCGGUGAAGAAGCCAAAUACGUCAUGCAGGAACUACAUCAUGGAAUUUACGGCUCUCAUUCAGGGAAGAGAACACUUAGAGCCAAGAUAUUACGAGCAGGUUUUUACUGGCCUACAAUUGAACAAGAUUGCAAGGAGUUCGUUCAAAAAUGCAUUUCCUGCCAAUCACAUGGACAUGACACUCGGGUCCCUUCAUCCGAGUUAAUGACCAUCAUAACCCCGUGGCCAUUCGCACAAUGGGGAAUGGAUAUAGCUGGACCCCUACCACUCGCGAAAGGACAAUGCAAAUACCUCUUAGUAGCAAUUGAUUACUUCACCAAGUGGAUCGAGGCAGAGGCCCUCGCGACAAUCAGUGCUCGGAAAGUACAAAGUUUCAUCUGGCACCUAAUCUGCCGAUUCGGCAUACCCCAGAAGAUUAUUACUGAUAACGGUCGACAAUUUAUCGACCGUACACUAGAGGAUUUCCUUCGAGGGCUCGGUAUCAAACAUGUCACAAGCUCUGUCGAACAUCCUCAGACCAACGGGCAGGCGGAGGCCGCAAACAAGGCCAUCAUCUCUGAGUUAAAGAAACGUCUGGGACAAGCCAAAGGCUUGUGGGUCGAAGAGCUACCUGAAGUACUUUGGGCCUAUCGGUGUACGCCGCAUGGGUCAACCGGUGAAACCCCGUUUAAUCUUACGUACGGCACAGAUGCCACGCUACCGGUCGAAAUAGGUGAGCCAUCCCUUUGA